AUGAUGCUGCAGCCUGUUUUAAACACACAACUCCAGAAAAACACGAGCUAGAAGUCCCUUCUUUGUGAUUUAUGCCCGUUUUGAUGUGACUUAACGGCGCUGUGAUGAACUCGAAGGCUUUUACUUUCUUAGGAGAAACGAACACGAUGAGCCUUCCUGUUUCCUGCCAGCAUGCUGGAUAAAACCGGUGACAAGGAUCAGCAGCCUGAGGUUUGCUCAGACUGUGGAUGCAGGUUAAACCCGCUGCAGCUCAAACCUGACCCCGAUUCCUGCGACACUUCAGCUGCUUCACCUCAGGUGAACACUGACGGUCCGAGGAAAUGUGCGGCCUGCCAGGCAGGAAGCAGCAGCGGCGGCAGCCCCCCGAAUGGUCGGCGGCUCCAGCGUCGCACCCGCCUGGACCCUCACAGCUGCAACCUCUGCACAAAGACCUUCAUCUCUUCAGCCCACCUGGCCCUUCACCUCAGCUCCCAUAGCAAAGAGAGGAAAUAUAGAUGUAGCACCUGUGGGAAGUUCUUCAGCCAGUCGGCCCACCUGGUGGCCCACAAGAUGAUCCACAGUGGGGACAGGCCGUUUAAAUGUCCGGAGUGUGGGAAGACUUUUGGCCGUGCCUCACAUCUAAAGACACACCGCCGGCUUCACACGGGGGAGAAACCCUUCAAAUGCAGCUUCUGCGGCAAGGCAUUCACCCAGAAGGCCGGGCUCCUGGCACACGUUCGUCAGCACACCGGGGACAACCCGUACAAGUGUGAGCAAUGUGGAGCAGGGUUUCGCUCGUUACCACUCCUGCUCUCUCACAAGGCCCAAGAGGCUUCUGGACACACCAAACCAACGCCACCAGCUCCCACUCCUGCAGCCCAGCUCAGCCGGCCUCAGAAAACACCAAACAGCGCAGAGGAUCUGAAGUGCGGCAUCUGCUGCCGCACCUUCGUACAUUCCUCGUACAUCCGGCUGGACGUACACUUCAACAAAGGCCUGCGGCCGUAUCACUGCAAGGUGUGCAACAAGACUUUCGUCAAGUUGGAAACAUUCGUGAAUCACUGCGACAAACACCUGAGUCAAAAAAAGGAGGAAAACGAGGUGAAAUACAAAGUAGUGAGACCUCCUCUGUUUGUUCCGCUCUCCAGGCCUGAAUCAGCGCACACCUUCUCCGCUCAGCCUUUAUUCUCAGAGGUUAACACACGCUCCAAAGCUAAAUCCAAGACUUUUACGACUGAGCCGUAACCAAGAGGAUGAAGUGUGUCGAAAUAGUUCUUUAACUGCAUAGUUAUAGCACAUUACGUUUCAGUGUUUACAAGUAAACUUCCAGCAAACUUCUAUUUAAUGGAAACCAACAGUCUUAAUUGUACAAUUAUUUUUAUUUAAAACAUUGUUGUAAUUAAUGGCAUAAUUCUUUAAAAUUUUGAAAAAUUAAAAGAUUAAAACACUAGAUUUACCAAAUUAAAAGUAUUAAAUAUGAGUUGUUAGAGACGCUUAAUUCUUUUCACGUUUCAACCUCAAUGUGCACCAAACAAGUACAUUUAUUGCAUACUUUAGCAUGCAAAGUGCCAUUUCUGUGGUGUGCAUUGUUCAAGUUGACUUUAAAUUGUUAAAAAUAUAAUAAAGUUAGACAUUAUUGUUAAAAUGUUGUUAAAUCCAUAAACCCAACUGGUAUUUGGUGUAAUAAUAAAUGUUAGUGUAAAUUAAAGUGACAAUGUGUAGUUUUUUACCAUUAAUCUCUGGAAAUAUCCAUCAAAAUGUUGUAGUAAAUGAAUUAAAAGAUGCCCAUUUUUUGAAUAACAUUGCCAGUUUCAUAACAUAGAACCAUACAAAUCUCUUCUAAAAUACAUGGAGCGGGUCUAAGUCUCUGGGCGACGCCAUAUUGGAUGCCAUGUUUCCUUCUACAGAAACCCGUGAGGACAAUGCAUUUACUGACUUGUAAGAAACGGUUACAAAACUUUCACCAUUAAUAAACAUUGUUGCUUUACACAUUUACCUCUUCACUCGUUGCCAGUGAUGAAAGGGAAUCUGAUGUUAUUUUGCUGGAGGUUGCACUCCCAGGGAUUUUUGACCCUAAUGGCCAUCCGUUGGCAAGGUCUUAUUUGAACACAAAAAUAAUGCUUGCACUCAUUUAGGUAUGUACUGCCCCCUAUCGCCAGAGAAUCUACACACUGUCACUUUAAAUCCUAGUUGUACAAUUUUGAAGGAUAAAACGAGUAAAAUAAACAUAAUAAAAACUGUGAUGGGC